ACCUGUUAAAAUGUAACACCACAACACUGCAGCAAGCGGCAUGUGAGAGAAGAAGAGAGUACUGGAUUGGUUAUAGUUGUGAUAGUGGUGUUUUAGUGGGAGAUGGUGGUGCUGAGGUUAAUCUGUGUGUGGUGGUGUGUUAGUGAUGGAGAGCAGCGGUGAGUGGCAGUGUGUGCGGCGGGGUAAAAGAGCAGCACGGAGAGGAAAAGCUGAUCAGUCCCGAAACCCAACAGCAGCAGCUCCUGAACCCGCAGACAGAGAGCGAGACACCCGCAGAAUAACUGAAGCAGUUAAUGAGCUGAGAUGUGAAGAUUUCUGGCUGGAAUGGCGAGAUCUCCUUUCAGGCUGUCUCGUGGGGUCUGGCUGCAGUAGCAGUAAGGAGAACACAGUGGGUGAAUGGCAGCUGGAGUGUGUGUGUUAUGGCCUGGGCAACUUCUCCUCCUGCGUGUCGGCCAGGUAUCAGCUCGCCAUGCUGCUACUGCUGUUUGAGGCUUUGCAGAUUCCUGUGGGCCAGUGCAGCAUGUAUGACCCGGUGUUCACUGUGACAGAGUGCGAGAUCCUCAAAGAGCUGGGCUUCACUGUGCUGACUGAAAACGAGGAAGGGAAACGAGCAGUGUGCCAUCCCACCUUCUUCUACUUAAUGCACUGCGGAAAAGCUCUGUACAACAACCUGCUAUGGAGCAACUGGAGUCCACAAGUCCUGCCAAACGUCAUCGUUAUUGGCAACAGUUUUCUUGGCAUUCAGGAGAGGAUGCUUCAGCGGGAGUUUGAAAGAGAUUACAACUUUCUCUCACACAUUGUAAACGUGUGUGAGGAAACAAGCCUGCCCUGUUCACAACGCUUCAUGGAUGUGUUUAAUGACAGUGCACUCAUCCAGUUCCCAGCAGACAAACUUCAGAAACUUCCAGAAUCCAUCUGGACUGAUCUUACAGAACCCCAGUACCAGCACUGUCAUGAUCUGGAGAUCAUCCAGAGAGGCAGUAGGCAUUUACAGGAUGAUAAAUGUGCUUAAACACUGUAAGGUGUGUGUGGAGGACCCACAAUAAGGACACUUAAAAUAUGUAAUGCUUGUGUUUUUUACUUUAUGUAAUUAAAAAUUGUAUUCUCUA